GCCUCUCUCCUCCAGCUUGAGCCAUGGCCCCCACUCUGGCCACUGCCCACCGGAGGCGGUGGUGGAUGGCCUGCACCGCCGUGGUGGAGAAUCUCCUCUUCUCGGCGGUCCUCCUGGGCUGGGGGUCCCUGCUCAUCAUGCUCAAGUCCGAGGGUUUCUAUUCCUAUCUGUGCAAGGAGCCAGGGAACAUCACCAACAGCUCUGACCAGGACCCAGAGGUGGAGCAGGAAGAGGUGAGCUGGAUAAACAACUGGCUCAGCUGUAAGGCCCAGGAUGAAAUGCUGAACUUGGCUUUUACUGUGGGCUCCUUCCUGCUCAGUGCCAUCACUCUGCCCCUGGGCAUCGUCAUGGACAAAUAUGGCCCCCGCAAGCUGCGCUUGCUUGGCAGUGCCUGCUUUUCCGUUUCUUGCUUGAUGAUCGCCUAUGGAGCCAGUAACCCAAGAUCCCUCUCUGUGCUCAUCUUCAUCUCCCUGUCUCUGAAUGGCUUCGGUGGAAUGUGCAUGACCUUCACUUCGCUGACGCUGCCCAACAUGUUCGGUGACCUCCGAUCCACAUUCAUCGCCCUGAUGAUCGGCUCCUACGCCUCUUCCGCGGUGACUUUCCCAGCAGUCAAGGUGAUCUAUGACUUGGGGGUCUCCUUCAUCAUCAUCCUGGUGGUCUGGGCUGGCUGUGCCGGCCUGGUGUUCCUGAACUGCUUCUUAAACUGGCCCCUGGAGCCUUUCCCGGGACCAGAGGACAUGGACUACACGGUGAAGAUCAAGUUCAGCUGGCUGGGCUUCGACCACAAGAUCACUGGGAAGCAGUUCUACAAGCAGGUGACCACAGUGGGCCGGCGGCUCAGUGUGGGCAGCUCCAUGAAGCAGUCCAAGGAGCAGUCGGCCCUGCAGGAGGGCAACAAGCUAUGUCUGUCCACCAUCGACCUGGAGGUGAAGUGUCAGCCCGACAACGCAGCGGCCCCCUCCUUCAUCCACAGCCUGUUCAGCCCCAUCCUCAUGCUCAGCCUGGUCACCAUGUGCGUCACUCAGCUCCGGCUCAUCUUCUACAUGGGCGCCAUGAACAACAUCCUCAAGUUCCUCGCGGACGGCAGCCAGGACGCAGUGAUGGCUACAGUGGGUCUUUACACGUCCAUCUUUGGCGGGCUGCAGCUGCUUUGCCUCCUGACGGCCCCUGUCAUUGGCUGCAUCAUGGACUGGAGGCUGAAGGAGUGUGACGAUGGUUCCGAAGAAGCCGAGGAGAAAGAUAGAGACCAGGGCGAAAAGAAAAAAAAGCGUGAUCGCCAGAUUCAGAAAAUCACCAAUGCCAUGAGAGCCUUUGCCUUCACCAACCUCCUGCUCUUGGGCUUUGGGAUCACCUGCCUCAUUCACAAUCUGCCUCUCCAGAUUCUCUCCUUCAUCCUGCACACGAUCGUCCGGGGCUUCAUCCACUCUGCUGUUGGGGGCCUCUACGCUGCUGUGUACCCCUCCACGCAGUUCGGCAGUCUGACAGGCCUCCAGUCCUUGGUCAGCGCGCUCUUUGCCCUCCUGCAGCAGCCUCUGUUCGUGGCCAUGAUGGGGCCCCUGGAGGGGGACCCGUUCUGGGUCAACGUGGGGCUCCUCGGGGUGAGCAUGCUGGGCUUCUGCCUGCCCCUUUACCUGAUCUACUACCGGAGGCAGCUGCAGAAGCAGCUGGAGCAGAAGAGAGAGGACGAGAAGCUCUUCCUCAAGAUCAACGGCACCCCCAACCAGGAGGCCUUCCUGUAGGCCCCGCUCCACUCCACAUGCUCCGCCCCCACCGACCACGGCUGCCUUUGGCCCCCAGAGCACACGUCCCUGUCCCCCGCCUCUGCCCACGCCCGCUCUGGCGUUCCCCGGGACUCUCCACCACUCGGACGCUGCGCCUGUGGCCCCCCCUGUGGCCCUCUGGCCUCCCCGGGAGCUGGCACGGGACACCAAGGGCCUGAGACGGCAGCCCCUGGCACUGGACUGCUGGUGCCCCCUCGUUGAACCCCCUGGGCUUCUCUGGCCAGGGCUGCUGGGGAGCUGGUCCCCCGCCUGCCUUCUGGCCCCUCCCCAUGCUCCUGGACAUCACGCUGCCUAGGAUGUGCCGUGGGUUCAGCGCCACCCUCAGAUGCCCAGGGGCCUCUGUGCUAAGUUUGCCAAAUUUGAGGAGGGGGCUGUCCUCCCUGCCCCCAGGAGCCCAGCCGGCUGCUCCUCCUGCAUGCCCACAGACUGUCUCCCCGGGACACAGAGGCUUUCAGCGCCCACCCACGCCGCUCAGACUCGAGAUGCCCGCCUCCUGCCCUGGUGCCAUCCUGAAUGCCCGUCCCCGAGGAAGCGGGCCAAGGAAGGAAGGACCCUCUCGUCCCUGUUGGUGCUAAGCCUGGUGAUUCCUCUCUUGCCCACGUGCCCACCCUGCAGAGUCUCCCGUCCUGUACAUGUGGGGCCCCUCGCUUGCAUCUUGCUGCGUCCCUGCUGGCCAGACGGAGGGCAAAGGUCAGGGGCGUCAGGCGAGCCCCGACAGAAGGGCAGCCCUCCUCCCUGGGGGGUUGGGCAGGGUCCGGAGCACGGGGGAGGAGAAUGAGGGGGGGGUGUGCCUUCGGACACCCAGGUUCUGGGGGAGGGGGAAGAGUCGUGCGUUUGGGUUUCGGAGUUAGGUGAGCGUGUGCUUGGGUGAGUGUGUGCCGGGCUGGAGUGCCCUGGGCUAGGCUGGGUGAGGUGCCAGGGCCAGGGACGCAGCUGCAGGCACGCAGCGCCCUCUGGUGUUAGGCCCUCAUGUGAGGGUCCCCCUGGGCUUAGCCUGGCCCUCCCCUCCCCCUCCAGCUGUGGGGAGCCCUGGGGCUCUGGCGGGGGCGGGGCUCAGCCUGCGGCGGGGCAGCACCUGCCAGAUUCCAAAGGACUUUUCCUGAGGCUUCCCAGUAGGUCUGAAAGGGGCGCGGGCUUGGGAUCGUCGUCGUCGUUUUCUUAUUUUAAAGUUUUCUCAACCUUUUUUUUUUUUAUUGUAAAGCAAUAAAUCCAUCUUCCUCGUAGUCAGGGAAAUCUGUGUCUGUGUCCACCAGCGGCCGCUGGAUCUGCAAGUCUGAGAUCGCCUCAGAGAAGUGCAGAGAAGCUCCCGCUCCCUCAGCUCUCUCGGGCCAUCCUGGACCCCAGGGGCUCCCGGGGGAAGGGCUCCCCCCGUCCCCCCCCGCCCGUGCAGGCCACAUACAGAUAGUGGCUGCGCGUCCCCACUGUUGUUCAGAAAGAUUGGCAGAGACUCCUGAGUCUCGGAGCUAUGGUCUAGCCCUAGAAACUUGAGAAGCGGGAGCUACAGCAGAAAGCUCUGCCUUUAAUUAGCCGUGGGACCUCAGGCAAGGCACUCGGGGCAUCAAUCAAAAAAGAGCUGGUCGGGCUAGGUAGAUUCUAGAGUCUCUUCCGAUUGUCUGAGGGGCCGCUGACUGUGGGAACAAGGAUUCAGGCCCGGAGUCAACCAGAAGUGAAGGGCUGGGGAGAAAAUCCCAUUAGGACUUGAAGGGAUUUGUGGGAACUUCGUUGUGCUUGGGGGGGACGGGGCAGGAGGAAGAGUAGCCCCAGCAGCGCAGGGGAAGCAGGUCAGAAAACCCACAAUCACGGGAUUGUGGAGUUAGAGAGCCGGAAUCCUCCCUCACCCCGCAUUUUACAGAUGGGCAGACUGAGGAACAAAAGAGGUUUGACAUGAUUUACCCAAUGUCAAACAGCUAGGAAAGGUUGAAGGUCAAAUUUGAACAGGCUGUUGCCUGUCAAGCUGGAGGCCCCUGGAGGGGGCCAGACCAUGAUGUCAUCAUUCACCACCUUGCUCUAAGACCCAGCACAGACAAGACACUGGACUGACUUUCCCCAAUGUAGCAGGGACCCCCUAACCCUUCUCCUGUUAUCAGGGACCCUUAUGUCCCGGGAUAGUGGAGAUCACCUUGGAUUCGGAGCUCGAGGAAGCGGCUCCAGCCCUGAUUUUGUGUGAAGCCCUUAGAUCACUUAGCCGAGGUUCGGAUUUGGUUUUCUUUUGUCUGUAAAAGGAGGGGUUAGAACAGGCGGAUUCUGGGGUCCCUUCUGGCCCUGGGCUUGGGACUCUGGGUUCAGCCGUCUGGCCACUACUAACGGUAGCAAAAACCAAUCCAGACUGCUGCUGGCUGGGAUGGCUCGGCCGGGACAUCGAGAAGGAGAGGGGCCGGUCUCUAUAGAGAUUCAAAUUGGACUUUUUAUAUUUUAUAUAUAUAUAUAUAUAUAUAUAUAUAUAUAUAUUGUGUGUGUGUGUAUAUAUAUGCCUUUUAAUUACAGCAUACACUCAGCUCCCAUUUUCCAAGGCAGUUCCGUUAUUUUUUAAAGGAAACUUUCUUCUGAAGGCAGUUUUGCCAACGGAAAGAGUCUUUGUUAGACGAUAGAGUUUUGAUCUUGGGCUUUCAAAACAUUGUUGUGGAAUCCCUGGCAAUUCCUGGGACUUUGUUGGAAUGGAACGCCCGCGUGGGCGCCUUAGGCGCUUUGUUUGGGGAUCGGGAUGGAGAA